CCUGUUUCAUCUCAAAUCCCAUUUGCCAUUGUACCUGCCCAAUAGCAGCGACUGAGCGCAUUUUAACUCGGAUGGCAUUUUUAUUUCAUCAUUACACUCCAGCGCAAGUUUGACGCAUUGAUCACCGCGCUCUCACAGCGAUCGUCCUCAAGAGCUAAACGCGCAGCUUGCGAGCGAGUUUCUGUGUUUUUUUCCCCCUCUCUCUCGCAUCAUUUCACCUUAAAACAAGAAAGGCUCUCUCUGGUGAUCUUUUUUUGUUUGUCUGUUUGUUUGUUUUCUUGGCAAGUUUUUUUCAUGGUGAUUCACACAGGACAUUGAGCGGUAAUGGCAGACUCUGAUGCGCAGGAGACUCGCCAACCCGCAAAAGACUCACCAUUCUCCAUAAAGAACCUGCUGAACAUUGACGAUAAGCCCACAAAGCCAAAAACUUUCUUCGCCUCGUCCAAAGGAGUAUUUGAGGGGAGCUUCUUCUCCAGGCUCGGCGACUUACCUUUCCCUCGCUUUGAGCUGCCUGCCCAGAGAAUCGGACUAUCGGCGCAAUAUUUGGAAAGAGCGUCUACCUGGUGGUACCCUUACACACUUGGGACCCAUCUGAGGACUGCAGCCUCUGAGAAGGCCGGCCUGAGAGAAGCGUCACCGGUCCCGGAGAGACGCAGCCCGGAGCUCCUGAAGAGCGACCCAGAUGCCAAAGAGGAGAGCGCGGACGACGAUGUAGCGCUGGACGAGAGCGACGGAGAGGAGCCAAAGAAAGAAGAGCAGGAGGAGGACUGGAGGCGGAAAGCCGACGAGGACUCGGAGAAGAAGCCCUGUCGGAAAAAGAAGACGCGCACGGUGUUUUCCAGGAGCCAGGUCUUUCAGCUGGAGUCCACCUUCGACAUUAAACGCUACCUGAGCAGCUCGGAGCGGGCGGGCCUGGCGGCGUCACUACACCUGACGGAGACGCAGGUCAAAAUCUGGUUUCAGAACCGGAGGAAUAAGUGGAAAAGGCAGCUGGCGGCCGAGCUGGAAGCGGCCAAUCUGAGCCAUGCGGCGGCGCAGAGGAUUGUGCGGGUUCCCAUACUGUACCACGAGAGCGGGGCCGCAGAGACAGCCGGGGGCCCCGCGGGGAGCUCCCCGGGCGGCCAGUCCCUCCUGUCCUUCCCGCACCCCAUGUACUAUUCCCACCCGGUUCCGCUGCUGAGGCCCGUUUGA